AUGUCUCACUAUGAGAAGAUAUCUUUGAUACGAAAUGAGUUGGACAGAUAUAGAGAGAAACCUGAAAGAGAACAGCUUUUGGAAGAAGUUUGUACUUUCAUAGCACAACGUAUUCAACCUCGAAAAGCUAUAUGUUACACGAAUGUAAGUGCAUCAUUGGAUACAAUCGCACAAGAAGUACUGAAUUGUCUCAGAGUGAAGCAUCCGAACCAUUCGAUAUUCUCCACUUCUGAAGAAACUUUUUCCUAUUGGAAAAGCAACAAUAUCGCAGAUAAUCAUUGGGAUAAAACAGAAAGUACGCAGAUUAUGGACACUCCAGGAAUAUAUAUUUAG